AUGGCGGCCUCCUCCCACUCCGCCGUCAUCUUGGUGCUGCUGUUGCUCCUCCUCGUCGUGGCGUUCGUGCCCGCACCGGCAGCAGCAGUGAGCCCCUCCAAGCGCCCCACCCAUCAGCCUCCCUCUUUCCCUGCCGGAAUCUCUACCCUGCGGCAGCUGGCUGCAAGCUCGAGCAGCGGGUACGCCACUGCGGCGAAGCCGUUCACGGCGCAGUACUUCCUGCAGGAGCUGGACCACUUCACCUUCACGCCCAACUCCUCCCGCGUCUUCUCCCAGAAGUACCUCCUCAACGACACCUUCUGGCGGCGGAAGCCCACCGUCGGGCCGCUGUUUGUGUACAUGGGCGGCGAGGCCGACAUUGAGUGGUUGGCCACCACCACCGGCUUCAUGUUUGACAUCGCGCCAGAGUUCGGGGCUCUCAUCGUCUUCAUCGAGGUAACCAUCUUUUGCCACAUCCUCCGCCAUGGCUGA